GCCAUCAUGUCGGAACCGAACCCAGAGGUGUUUUUAGAUAUUGAAAUAGACGAAAAAUAUGAAGGACAACUAGUAUUUAAGCUUUUUGCGGACAUCGCGCCAUUAACUGCAGAAAACUUCCGGGCAUUGUGCACGGGUGAACGAGGAGAAAAUGGCAAAACUAAAGAGGAGUUGCUUUGCUACAAAGGCAGUUGUUUUCAUAGAAUCAUCCCUAAAUUCAUGUGUCAAGGAGGAGAUUUCGUACUUGGAAAUGGGACGGGCGGAAUGAGCAUUUACGGAAAAAAGUUCGCGGAUGAAAAUUUCGUCCUGAAGCACACUGGCCGAGGUAUUUUGUCUAUGGCCAAUUCGGGAGCGAACACCAAUAGUUCCCAAUUUUUCAUCUGCACAGCCGAAACUUCAUGGCUUGACGGUAAACACGUAGUGUUUGGGCAACUUGUAAAAGGUUUUAGAACCUUAGAAAGGAUGGAAUCUAUGGGAACUGAUUCCGGUCAGCCCAAGAACAGAGUGCUCAUAUCUAACUGUGGACAGAUAACCGAUCAACACAGUGACUCAGAGGAAGAAACAGGGCAAUAGCGCCACCUUAAAGAGACCAACCAAUGCACCGAGUGAUAAAGGACAUGGUUACAUAAUUAUCAUACUUCUGAAAUAGGUUUUCUUACAAAAAUUGUUAUAGAUGCUAAAUACGACUACUUUAUAUGAUUAACAACACUGGUGAUUGUGAUCACAGACCAUGUCGUAUAUUCUAUUUUGUCAAAUAUAUUCAGCAAUUUAAGCGAAAUUAAUUCGACUUAGUCUAUUUAUUUUUAUCUUUUGAUAGCCAUGAGUAAACCAUAUCAUUUGUGUGAGGAAACAUUUGACAUAUUCGGGAUGGAUGGAGGAAAUCAGCUGAAAGGGCUUGCCAAUGAUGUUGUGGUUGCAGCGCAUGGCAUAAUAAAAUAUCUGAUGUAAUUUAACGUCAAACUCAGUAAGUAGUAUUUAACAAAUUAUAUACAGUAAAACGCUAAUGAGAGAUCCCUUUGCAGAGUCGUGGAUUUUCUUUUGUGUUCUCUCUAAUAUGGAAA